CCUCGGUCCAUUGAUCUUCUGCUCCGGACGGACGUGUGUAGGACUGUGCGUUUCCACGCCCCCUCCUUUCACCCCCAUUGUGGAGAAUCUCGGGCUCACACAUAGACGCAAGCUGCAAGACCCAUUGGAGUUUGAGCUCCACGAUUUUGAAAGCAAAACUUCGCUUCUACUCAUGGAUUUAUUUGAUUCUUUUCAGAGAUUUCCAGGACGGGCAAUGCUUCGCGUCGCCAGGCAAUUCGGAGAGUCAUCCGGGAGGAAAAGGCCACACGUAGCCCUCUGCACAAAGUUGUAGAAAAAAAAAAAAAAAGUAGUAGGUUCUUCUCCUCGCUCACACUCGGUAUACGCGUUGAAGAUCCCCGAUCAUCAUGGCGAGGUGGAGCAGGCACAGCACUUGGGCUUUGACGCCGACACCGCGCGCUCCUUUCCGGGAUACGUUGCUCCGUCUUCGUGGGAGCUUGUCUGCUCGUUUGUGGAGCUUUGCAUUCAUGUGCACGGCUCUUUCUUGGGGAUAUUGUCGAGCCGACACUGAGUUUUCCAUUUUGGAAGAAGCGCAAGUUCUGUCCGAGCAGAUGAAGAAACUGUCCACGCAGGAGCUGGGAGUCUUUACUAUGCAGAGGAUUUUCAACUCGUUUGUGUACACGGAGAAGACAUCAAAUGGAGAGUCAGAAGUCCAGCAGCUGGCCAAGAAGAUUCGAGAGAAGUUCAACCGCUACCUUGACGUGGUGAACAGGAACAAACAGGUGGUGGAGGCCUCGUACACUGCCCACCUUACGUCUCCUCUCACCGCAAUACAGGACUGCUGCUCCAUACCAACAUCUAUGAUGGAGUUUGAUGGAAAUUUCAACGCCAACGUGUCCAAGACCAUCUGCUGCGACAGACUGUCCCCCACCGUCAACAGCCGAGCUUUCAACCCCGGAAGAGACCUCAACUCGGUGUUGGCGGACAAUCUCAAAUCCAACCCAGGGAUCAAGUGGCAGUACUUCAGCUCCGAGGAGGGCAUCUUUACAGUCUUCCCGGCCCACAAGUUCCACUGCAAAGGGAGUUAUGAACACCGCAGCAGGCCGGUAUAUGUGUCUGCAGUGCGUCCUCAAUCGAAACAUAUCGUUGUGAUGGUGGAUCACGGCGCAUCUGUUACUGAGAGUCAACUUCAAAUUGCCAGAGACUCUGCACUGGUGAUCCUAAAUGCAAUCGACGAACACGACAAGAUCGCCGUUCUGUCCGUGGCCGAGAUGGUCCGCUCCUGCUCUCUGGACCAGUGCUACAAGAGUUUGCUUUCUCCGGCCACCAGUGAGACCAAGAGAAAGAUGAGCACCUUCAUCUCCAACAUCAAGUCCUCUGAUGGCACCACGCAACACGCCGCGGGCUUCCAGAGGGCUUUCCAGCUUCUCCGCAACACCAGCAGCCUCAGCAAGCUUCAGAGCGCCACCACAGACAUGGUUAUCAUCUACCUGUCUUCUGGGAUUACAUCUCGAGAGUCGUCAGAGCCGGAGAAGAAAGCCACGCUGAGUGCGGUCAAGGAAGAGAACAGACACUUCAACAACUCGGUCAUGAUCCUCACGUAUGCACUCAUGAAUGAGGGAAUCACAGGUCUGAAAGAGCUGGCCUUCCUGCGAGACCUCGCUGAGCAGAAUUCCGUAAAGUACGGCGUGGAGCGUUUCCCCGCGGCGUCGUCGUCAUCUGGCUCAGCCGCAGCGGCGCCCGUGAUGCCCGUGGUCAAGGGCAGCAUGAUGGUGCUCAACCAGCUCAGCAACCUGGAGACCACGGUGGGCCGUUUCUAUAUCAACCUGCCCAACCGCAUGAUCGACCUGGUCCGCUUCAGUCUGCCUUACGCCGACCCCAUGGGAGACGGCUUUAUCAUGACUGUGAGUCGGCCGUGUUAUUUCGGGAACCUGCUCCUGGGUGUGGUCGGAGUGGACGUCAACCUGGCCUACAUUUUGGAGGAUGUCACAUAUUAUCAAGACUCUUUGGCGUCGUACACCUUCCUCAUUGACAACAAAGGUUACACCCUGAUGCACCCAUCACUAACGCGGCCUUACCUGAUGACCGAGCCCCCCCUUCACACAGACAUUAUCCACUAUGAGAACAUUCCUGGAUUCCAUGCGGUGCGACUCAACAUCCUCAACCUCCCAUUGGGCAGUCAGGUGAUUGCUGUUCCAGUCAACUCAUCGUUGUCGUGGCACACUAACCGGCUCAGGGACAACAGCAAAUAUGCGUACAAUGUCAGCUACGCUUGGAAGCUGGUCCAGGACACGUCGUUCAUCCUGUGCAUCGUGUACGUGCAGCCGGAGAUUCCAGUCAAACAGCUGAAAAAUCUCAACACGGCACCCAGCUCCAAGCUGCUGUACCAUCGUUUGGACCUGUUGGGUCAGCCCAGCUCUUGCCUCCAUUUUAAACAGCUCGCGUCCGUCGAAUCCCCCACAGUGAUGCUGGCAGCUGGUAGCUUCUCAUCUCCCUAUGAGCACCUCAGCCAGCCAGAAACAAAGCGCAUGGUGGAGCACUACACAGCUUAUCUGAGCGAUAACACUCGGCUCAUCGCCAACCCAGGCCUCAAGUCCUCUGUCAGGAACGAGGUUAUGGCGACCAGUCACGUCACGGAUGAGUGGAUGACACUAAUGGAAAUGAGUAGCCUCAACUGCUACAUUGUGCGCCGUUACAUAGCAACGCCCAGUGGGGUGCUCCGGAUUUACCCUGGAUCAUUGAUGGACAAAGCCUUUGACCCCACCCGCAGACAAUGGUAUCAGCACGCUGUGGCUAACCCAGGCCUCAUCACCUUUACCGGGCCUUACUUGGAUGUGGGCGGCGCAGGCUAUGUUGUUACCAUCAGCCACACCAUCCAUGCAUCCAGCUCGCAGAUGGCCCCAGGCUAUGCAGUUGCAGUGAUGGGGAUCGACUUUACCCUUCGCUACGUCUAUAAAGUUCUGCUGGACCUGCUUCCCAUUUGCAACCAGGACAAGGGAAACAAGAUCAGGUGCUUUAUAAUGGAGGACAGAGGUUACUUGGUGGCCCAUCCUACUCUCAUUGACCCAAAAGGUCAUGCCCCUGCAGAGCAACAGCACAUCACACACAAGGAGCCACUGGUUGCCAAUGAUAUACUGAAUCACCCCAACUUUGUCAAGAAAAACCUGUGCAACAGCUUCAGUGAUCGCACCGUGCAGCGCUUCUACAAGUUCAACACCAGCAUCAUGGGCGACUUAACCAACCUGGUCCACGGCAGCCAUUGCUCCAAGUAUCGUUUGACCCGGAUACCUGGCACCAACGCCUUUGCCGGUAUCGUCAAUGAGACGUGUGACUCCCUGGCCUUCUGCGCUUGCAGCACAGUGGACCGCCUUUGUCUCAACUGCCACAGAAUGGAGCAGAAUGAGUGCGAGUGCCCAUGCGAGUGCCCUCUUGAGGUGAAUGAGUGUACCGGCAACCUCACCGCUGCUGAAAACAGAAAUCCGAGCUGCGAGGUACAUCAGGAACCGAUCACUUUGAAUGUGAUCGAUCCCAGUCUACAGGACGCGCUGCCUCAAUGUAUCAACACGCGCUGCGGCCAGAGAUACAGCAGCAGCGACUGCUUUGGUGUUUUGGACUGUGAAUGGUGCACGGUGGACAGCGACGGCAAGACCCAUCUGGACAAGCCCUACUGCGCCCUGCAGAAGGAGUGCUUCGGGGGCAUUGUCGGUGCAAAGAGUCCAUAUGUGGACACCAUGGGCCUCCUUGAUGAGGAGGUGGCAUCUUUGAACAUGAUCAAGAGUGCCCCUGUGGGUCCGGUUGCCGGGGGUAUCAUGGGAUGCAUCAUGGUGCUGGUAUUGGCCGUGUACGCGUACAGACAUCAGAUCCACAGGCGCUCGCACCAGCACAUGUCGCCACUGGCAGCACAAGAAAUGUCGGUGAGAAUGUCCAACCUGGAUAAUGACAGAGAUGACAGGGAUGAUGACAGCCACGAGGAUCGAGGCAUCAUAAGCAAUACUCGAUUUAUUGCUGCGGUGAUCGAGAGGCACACCCACACUCCAGAAAGACGCCGGAGGUACUGGGGACGCUCUGGUACAGAAAGUGACCAUGGCUACAGCACCAUGAGCCCUCAAGAGGACAGCGAGAAUCCGCCCGGUAACAACGACCCGCUUUCGGCGGGCGUGGAUGUCGGUAACCACGACGACGACCUGGACCUGGACACCCCACCUCAGACGGCGGCCUUACUCAGCCACAAAUUCUACCCCUACCGACACACGCACACACACCAUCACCCGCUCCACACGCACCACCUCCAAGCUGCCGUCACGGUUCACAGCGUGGAUGCGGAAUGCUGAUCCGUGACGGCAAAUUUACAAAACGUGCUGGUUCAGACACUCGGCAUCGUUGCCAAUAAUUUGACUUUUCCACAGACCUGAGCUCAAUGAGUGUUGUCUUUUUUUACACACUGAAAAUAAGCCAACUAUUUGUCUUUGUUUUGUGAAGGAAUCCAUCCUUCUGGACUCUUAAGAGCAAGCUUAAAAACCAUUUUAUGGAAGUUCAUUGGAAUAACUGGAGGCGUGUCAACCUGAGAACAAGCUUCAUUUCCCCACGGAGGGCCAACGCAAAGCAACAGUUGGCUGGCUAUAAAGCCGAGCCACCGAGUUCUUACUUGUCAUCACUACUGGAUCACAGGACUACCUUAUAAGUAAAUAACAUACUUCACAAAUAGAUAAACACUACAAAGAUUUUCCUCCAAAAAUAUAUUUAUUCAAGUUUGCCAAACAGAUACAAGAGCCACAUUGGGUCAUGUGAUAUUUGUUGGCACGUAUUGUUGCAUUUUCUUCACUCUGUGUGUCUUGUAAACAGUGAGCCUUAAUCACGUGCUGAGCGAUUCAAAAAGGACAGACAUUUGUUUAUUCCGUGACCUUAACAUCCACCUUCAGGUCCAUGUACAACGUGGACCUGGAGCCGGAUGUCAAAGUUCUUGGAUAAACGGCUUUCCAUAAUUGAACUGGAACUAACGCAACGUAAGUUGGCAGCCUUUCCACUACGAGCUGAACACUUCCAGACGCUGUUGAAUAUUGGCACAGCGUGUGCAGAAUUAUACCGGGCUUGAAUGCCCAAGUUGGGAAGUCCCUGUUGUUGAAGAAGGAUGGAAGAGAGAGAGAGAGAGAGAUGCUGCUGUUUUACACAAGAGAUAGAUGCCUGUCUGAUGUCUCCUAUGUGGUUAACCACUCGGUGUGCGUGGAUUUUUUUUAUUUUAUUUUUUUUAUGUGAGGACAAUUCUCUGCAUGGUCCACACAGGAAAAGUGACGGGAAGAAUUUAUGUUUACUGUUUGUUUGCGUGCGUGUGUGCAUUUUCAAUGAAUGAAUUAUUUUCCCUCAAGUUUAGUCAUCCACUUAGAGUUUUCCUCCUGAUGAAGAGUAACAUGACCCCAUCUGCGCUCAGUGGCGUUGUUUUUUUUUUCUUUUCUUUCCAGAGUCUUUAUGUACGUAGUGUAAAGGGAGAAUCAUCUAUCACUACAUGUGUCGUUGCCAAGUAUGCCUGGAAAUGAUCCUGUGAUGUUUGAGUUGAUAUGGAAACGUGUUCAUGAUGUCUCGCUAUAUUAAGGAGGCCUUGGAUAACUUUUAGGUUUAUUUUUCUUUAGGUCCAUAUUGGAUGGAACUCGGUACUUGGAAGAAUUCAUACUUACUCACUUUUACAUGAGACUUGUUGAUUUAUUGUGUAUCGUCAAAGCUCCCGAAAGUUCUCGUAGGUGUGGAAAUAAAACAACGGUACAUUUUGAUGCAGAUGAACAAGAAGCCGAAGCGUGGUGUUCUACUGUGAGCAAUGCAAAUAAGCCUUUCAAGCUACAUUGAUUUUCCUUAUUGUGAUGUGCAGCUCUGGAAAGUGGAAAAUAAUUGAGUUCCAAGUAGGAAGGGCCACACUGAUGGGACACACAAAAUACAAUCAUUUUGCAAGAAUAGCAUAAAUUGAAGGGGAUUUUUUAUUUUUUUUUAUUUUGCAAUGUAAUGUAAGGACAUCCUUUUUUUUUUUUUACAUUUUACAAGAAUAUAGCCACAAUAUUAAGAGCAUAAACCUAUAACUGACUUUUUACAAACCUCUCACUGUAACAUAGAAAUGUUGCUCUUAAUAAUAAGACUUUGUUCUCCGAACUGUGACCCCAGUACGUGGAGCCGUUUCCUUCUUACUAGCCAGCCAGCCAGCCAGCCAGCCAGCCGCACUACUCGUACUCACUGAGUGUUUGGACGUCAGUUUACAAGUCUCAAUUGCAGUCCACGCAGACUUCCAGGGCAAUUACUCUACCUGGUAUUUUUGUGUGUGUAAUUUAUGUUUUGACAAUAAUCAUUUAGGUUUCUGUGUUUGGGCAUUUUUUUUUUUUUCUCAUAACAGUAUUCAGCAGCUGUUCUAUAUGCCGUGUGUACAGGCGUAACAAGUCACGUACUGAAGGAUGUACAUCACCCCCUCCCCCUGUACUGUAUCAUAUAAACUUAUCAAAUUGAGAUUUAUUGCAAUGUGAAUGUGAUAAAGUUGCUUUUACAGA